AUGUUUUUAUUUAAAAUAAUUCUUCUUGUUAGUGUUUUUUAUGUGUCUAAAUCAAAGAACGUUUAUAUGCCAAAUCUUCCAGUGGGAAAAUAUCGAAUUGUGGUUCACACGGUAAAUCCUUGUGAGACUACACAAGAUUUAGAAAUACAACUUAAUCUAUAUUUAAGUAAAAAGGCAAGAAAUUUUACUGAAGUUUUAGGGAAUAUAACAGCACGAACAGUUUUUGACGAUUCAUUCUCAGCUGACUAUAACCUUGCUACUUGGAGUUUAUCUGGGGGCUGGAAACCAAAUUUUUAUGUUUAUAAAGGUAUUAAUGCAUGUUCAACAUUUAAGUAUAUCUUAGGAAAUGCGUGGACCUCAGUACAAAAGGCUUUUGAUUUUCCAUCUGAUAAGUGUCCUGUACAACCGGGCACGUUUAUAUCAAAAGGAAUUAAUGUAAAAGUGAUUGAAGAUAAUAGAGCACCCAAAGUUUACUUUUAUGGAAAAUAUAAGAUGGUUUUUAAACUGAAAAAUAAAGAAAAUAAAUUAUCUGCCUGUAUGAUGUCCGAAUUUGAUCUUGUAAGACCAUGGGAAGUGCCUGAGAAUUAUUAAUU